GCGUAUAAUAAGACCCGAAGGGGAACCACAAGCUACAGUUGUCGAGCUGCCACCAUAGCUAAAAGACGUGUUCCUCAGUUCAGUUUCUCGAACAUAUCAAGAUGCCAGCAUACACUUGCACCCAGAUCCUGGACGCAUACGCGAAAGACCUGCCGUCAAUAUCCACCAAAUUCACUCUGAACGCAGCCCACUUUAGGCAGCGCGAUCUGAACUUGUUCGUCGACAGUUUGGAAACCAUCUCUCGCCUUGAAAAAGAGAGGGACGAGCGUCGACAGCACCGACGUGAGCAAAAGCUGCAGCAGGCGCGUAUGAACGAGCUGAAGGACGAACGCUGCGCCAGUCCAACUCCCAGUGCCGAUGAGGCCGCUGACGAGCCUCUCUUGUACCUGGAGGCGAAGUGUAUUCCCUAUGCGGUGUCAGAAGCCCGGGCUCCUUGUAUGCCCGAAUACUGUACCUACGACGACGAGGCUUACGGAAGUGUCUCCCAUUCAGCGCGCAGCAGUGUCUCCUAUUGUAGCUGCGUCGGCAUUUCGAGUCAGGAUUCAGACUCCGCUGAAUCUGAAGUCAGCGGCUUACACAUCGGGGCCUUCGUACGUCCGCGCUCCGUGGUAAUAACGCAAUCCAAGCAUACCUCUACAAGAUCUCGGAUCAUUAAUAUGGUGUUGAAGAGAGAAUACCCCAAAACCCCCUACACCGAACAUCUGGAGUUUUGCGGUCCCGCAGAAAGCGAGGCCACUCGUGACCAGAACAGACGGCUUACUAACAGUCGCAAAAGUUCGCCGGAACAGACUUUUCUGGACAAGGCCCUGCGCUAUCUUACUUUAUAA